AUGGGUCAAAGAGCGACACGACCAGUCUACGCCUCUGCUGGGAGACAGAGAACACCCGGACGGUUGCCAUUCAAAUGGCACCGAAAGUCGCAACGCCUCACACCAACAUAUGAAGGCAGCCUCGACAAGCUGUUCUUCGAUGUGGCUGUGCAGACAGAGCCCCCAAUUGGCCGUCCGAGGGCAAGUACCCAGAGUGAUUCUCAGUUUGAGGCCACUGAUCAGGGCGAUGUUCCUAUAAGGCAUACAUAUUCAAAGACAGCAGAAAAAGCCCAGAGGUGUCAAGAUAAAGAUGGUCGGCUCUUCGAUGAAAUUAUCGAACUUUUGGAGAGGGAUGUGGCCGAGAGUGCUCGGACAAGCAGAUAUCUGCAACAUUGUAUGCUUGCCGACAUUAAGGCUACAGAGAAGGCAGUCGCUGAAUUGCCCUGGCCUGCUUCACAUUCCCUGGUUGUCCCAGAUGCAUUUGGCGAAUGUGCAGUUAAUGCACCGAGUAGUGUCCGUGGACGGCUUGACGGCGGGCAUUCCGGGUACACACAAGACAGUGACAGUGAGGCGGCGAGUUUGCGAGAAUUCGAAGAACUUGAGAAGAGCUGCGAGUUGAUGGAGAAGGCCUGCAGAGUACAGCGCCAGAACGUGGAAAAGCCGGUGGUUCGAGUUCGGCGAGUAAGAGCAGCCAGCAGACUGAGGAGCCCGAGCGAUUGCAGUUCAAACAAGGCUAAGGAGGAAAGUGCUGCGCCCUCGCAAGACAAUAAAUUGUGGAUAGAAUGUCCGGCGGAGAAUCUGAAGGUCUUCAACAACCCAGAGGAUCGACGCAUAGCGUCGAUCGCGCGUGUCAGCGGAUGCCGCAUAAAGCUGACAGAGACUAGACGCAAGAGUGCUUUGGGCCAAUGGCAACAGCUGGUCCUUAUUCAGCCCACCACGGAGACGGGCCUUCAAAAGUGUAUGAAUUUAUUGGAUGAAAAAUUUCCUGAAUUUCGAACCGGUUUCAAGCCCAGGUACAGUAAGUAG